AUGGUUCGACUAACAGUGAAGCCAACGGCGGGCGGUAAUAAAAUAGAGCUCGACACGGGGCUGGAAAAGACCGUGCUGGAGCUCAAGGAGGAGCUCGCUCCCAGCUGCUCCAUCCCGGCCACGGAGCAGAGGCUUGUCUGGCGCGGACAGAUCCUGAAGGACGAGCGCUCGUUGGAGAGCUAUGGCAUUGCUGAAGACCAUAUCCUGCACCUCGUGCGUGGCAAGCCGCAAGGCGGCACCCAAGGGUCCUCGACUGCAGGCGGGGCCUCCUCUUCGGCUCCCACCUUGGCUGGCAGCGCCACGUCCUCCGGGGUUGCAGCGGCGGGCCUCAGCACGGCUGCGGCUGGAGGCGCUGCUGCUGAUGCUGGUGCUGGCCUGGGCGGUGGACCCGAGGCCAUGAUGGCGCAGAUGGCCAACAACCCUGUGAUGCAGGCGAUGAUGAACAACCCUGAGCUGAUGCGCACCAUCAUGCAGGCGCACCCGGGCAUACGCGAGCUUACUGAGCGCAACCCUGAGUUUGCCCAGCUGCUCAACAACCCUGAGCUGAUGCGCGAGUCCAUGCGCAUCAUGUCCAACCCAAACCUGAUGCGCGAGUACAUGCGCAACAACGACCGGGCCAUGUCUAACCUGGAGGCACUGCCAGGCGGCUUCAACGCGCUGCGCCAGCUGUACGAGAACGUUCAGGAGCCUCUCAUGAACGCGACGCAGGGCAUGGGAACAGGCGGCGACUCGCCUGCCAACCCCCUGGCUAGCAUGCUGGCAGCGGCGGGCUUGAGUGGCACUGGCACGGGGGCGGCUGGCAGCGGCGGUGCUGGGGCUGGCACCAACGCAAGCGGGACGCAGCCGCUCCCCAACCCCUGGGCUGGUGGCACAGGUAGCGCUGGAAGCGGCGGCGGCGCGGCAGGGGGCGGCGACCUGGCCGCCCUGGGUGGGCUCGGUGGGCUCGGCGGCAUGGGCGCUAUGGGUGGCGUUGACAGUGGCAUGCAGGCAGCGAUGAUGCAGCAGCUGUCUGACAACCCCGCGAUGAUGGACAUGAUGGCCUCCAUGAUGAGCGCCCCGGGGGUGCUGGACAGCAUCGUGGCUUCCAACCCCAUGCUGCAGCAAAUGAUGGACUCGAACCCCAUGCUGCGGCCCAUGCUCAGCAACCCUGAUUUUGUGCGGUCAAUGCUCAACCCCCAGAUGAUGUCGGCGGCCAUGCGAAUGCAGCAGGCACCCGGCACGGGAGCUGGCACGGGCGCUGGCACGGCCGGUGCACCGGGCGAUCUGGCGGCGCUGCUGUCGGGCAUGAUGGGCGGCGGGGGCGCGUUUGGCAGCGGCGGCGGCGGGGCACCUGGCAGCGGCGGCCUGCCUGACAUCAACUCGAUGAUGGCCGCCCUGGGCGGGCUUGGUGGCCUUGGUGGCCUGGGUGGCCUGGGGCCCCUGGGGGCGCUCGGCGCGCCCCAGCCCGUGGCGGACCCUGAGACGGCUUUUGCCAACCAGCUGCAGCAGCUGCAGGAAAUGGGCUUCUUCGACCGCGAUGCCAACAUCCGUGCUCUGCAAGCUACCGGUGGCAACGUCAACGCGGCUGUUGACAGGUUGCUAAGCGGCCCGUGA